UUUUUUUGUCAGUAACUGUAUCUUAUGGUAGUUUUCCUAUCGUUUCAAACAUCAAAAUUUAAAAAGUAGUUAAAUUGACAUUCCUAAACCAAACGAGCCAAGUAAAGGUGUUAAAGUGAAUGGAGGGAUAACUAAUUGAUCAAAAAAUAUGAAUGUGUGUGUCAUGGUGGUACAAUUAUAUAGUGAUGGAAAAGUAUAGUAACAAAUUAAAGACGAACUACCCACCUAAAAUUCCCAAAUUAGUAAAGUCUACAAGGGACCAUACAACCUAAACACCGCUGCAAUUUCCCCUUUAAAAAUCCACCUCGUCAAUUCCAUUUCCAAAUUCUUCACCAACCUCGCCGGCGACGCCGCCGUCUGCGGAGAUGAAAGCGACACGUGGCUGUCCAUUCUCUUUCCACGUCAUCGCCAUCGCCGUAGCAAUUGCAUACGUUUACUUCUCCACUGUAUUUGUAUUCAUUGAUAAGUGGUUAGGACUUUGGUCUUCUCAGGGUAUUUUUAACGCCGUCAUGUUUUCCGUUAUUACUCUCUUCUGCAUAUUCAGUUAUACACUUGCUAUCUACACUGAUCCGGGUCGGGUUCCUAGCUCCUUUGUACCCGAUAUCGAAGACGAGAAUAUGGUUCGAGAGAUCAAACGAAAGGGAGGGGAUUUGAGAUACUGCCAAAAGUGUUCCCUUUAUAAGCCUCCACGUGCUCAUCAUUGUCGUGUAUGUAAUAGAUGUGUACUGCGAAUGGAUCAUCAUUGUGUGUGGAUGAAUAAUUGUGUGGGCCAUGCAAACUACAAGAUCUUCUUCAUUUUCGUUUUAUACGCCAUUAUUGCUUGCAUAUAUUCCCUGGUUCUGCUUGUUGGGAGCGUAACUGUUGAUUCUCCAAUGGACAACCAGCAAAGUGAAGGUUCUCAUAGAACAGUAUAUAUAAUUUCAGCGCUUCUACUGGUACCACUAAGCUUGGCGCUGAGUGUUUUUCUGGGUUGGCAUGUGCACCUGAUUUUGCAGAACAAGACAACCAUUGAGUACCAAGAAGGUGUCAGAGCUAUGUGGCUGGCUGAAAAGGGAGGUCAUGUAUAUUCACAUCCAUAUGAUCUUGGUGCAUAUGAGAAUUUGAUAUCCGUUCUAGGCCCAAAUGCAUUUUGCUGGGUGUGCCCCACAACAAGACAUAUCGGUUCUGGCCUUCUCUAUCGGACACCAUUUGAAGGCUCCUCGAUAUCAAGCUGAACAUGUUACUGAAACAUCAUGUGACAAGAUGAAAGGUUUUAGUUGCCAAAGAAGCAAAGGAAAUCUGGCUGUCUUUAGAGCAGCAAGAUUAACACUGUCAUCGCUUGCCAUCUGCCAAGAUGAACAUGGAGGCGAUUUUCAAUCUUUGAUUUCCGUCAUUUUGGAGUUUCCAGUCCUCCAUCUGCGGAGACAGUAACGAAAUGGUAAUGCGAGAUACUACAGCUGCUGCCAAUAGGAGAGUUGAUACUUGAUAGUUCCCCUUGUUCAUAGUUGGGUUAUAAAGCUAGCAUACACCAUGUAAAAUAGAAAUUCCCUUUAGUUACAGUAACGAAUUCGACAGUAUCUCAAACAGCUGUAAUUAUGUGCCAACUUCUGCCUUCCUCCUUCCAGCAUAAUUAGUAAUGUUGACAAGCCAUUGGUGAA